GUGACGAAAGGAAGACGAACCAAGAUGGCGCUGCAGAAUCAAAGGAAGGCCAAUGUUCGAUUACCGCCGGAAGUGAACAGAAUCCUUUAUGUCAGGAAUCUUCCUUACAAGAUAACAACAGAGGAGAUGUAUGAUAUAUUUGGAAAAUAUGGAGGAAUCAGACAGAUCAGAGUUGGAAAUACACCUGAGACAAGAGGAACAGCAUUUGUUGUAUAUGAGGAUAUUUUUGAUGCCAAAAAUGCCUGCGACCACCUAUCAGGCUUCAAUGUGUGCAACCGCUAUCUAGUUGUUCUUUACUACCAGUCCACAAAGGCUUUCCAAAAACUGGACAAGGAAAAGAAGAAGCAAGAGCUAGAAAAGAUGAGAGAAAAAUAUGGGAUCAGCAAAGACAAGUGAUUAAAAGAAAGAUUGACUAUUUUCUGUAUAUUUGUAGACACUUGAAACUGCUAUUUAUCCAAAGUGCUGGAGCUUAACUGUCUUAAUUCCAACUGAAUAUUGCUUCUACUGGCAAUACUUUGUAAGUUAAUACGUUGUGUUUGUAAAAAGGUAUGCAGCUGCCAGUUAAUUACAUUGUAGAUGCAAACAGCAUGACAUAGUGGCUUUGUACAAGAAACAUCUCUUCUACAUUGAAAUUUUCAUCUUCUUUAUCCAAGGAAGGGUUCUUUGACAACAUAAGUAAUGUGAACAUCAAUUGUGUGCAUUUAGAUGAAUCUGAUCUCUCAAGGUUAUUGUCAACAAAAUCUGAUCUCAAUUUUCAGAAAUUUAGUCAACUUUCUCCUUAGUUGGAGAAAGCAGCAAUACUUAAUUUGAUAAGAAUUAGCAAAAUCCUAAAAAGAGGGGGAGAUAUGGCUGAAAGAAUGUUUAAGGGGCACCUGAAUUGAAAAGGGAAAGGUUUCCAAAUUGGAAAGGCCUCCAGCAGGUGCUGACAUUUUCCAGUGGCGUUUGGGAUCUUGAUGUGUAUAUAUUGUGUACAUCAUGUCUUGCACUGCACAACAAAGGGGAAUUUCUGGCACAUUAUGCAAAAUGUUGAGAAAUAAGAGUCUAUAUGAAACAGCCAAAAAGACAAUAGCUGCAAGAGAGCCUGGGCCAAAGAAAUCAAAGUUAAGUCAAACCCCCAUUAGUUUUGUGUUUAAAAGCCAAUGCACACCCACCAUAACAAAAAGUAAGAGAAAUUUUGUUAUUUUCAUAAUCUAAACUCUAUAAGUUUCACAGUGAUAUAUAGUUUUCCAUGGUUAAUUUACAAUGAGAGUGCAUAGGAAGAUGUUUCUGUAAGGUACCAUAGUUUGUUGACAGUAACCCUAAACCUUCUAAGCAAAACUAAGCCUUGUAUCCAGAGGUUUACUCCAGUGAUUGUUGGAAGCACUGACUGCCCUAUUGCCUUCAUUUUUUCUUAUUAUUAACAUGCCUAAGGAACUUUUGACAAGUUUGUAAUGCAACUGUAAGAGGAAACCAAGACAAGUUAUUAUUAGAAAUUGUACAUCAUGUUUUUGUUUCAAGGGUGAGGGAGUGUGAGGAUUGUCUUCUGAGUCACAUCCAUUCAUAUUUGAUCUUGUUAUUUGAUGUUGUAGGUACAAAGAUGCAUAUUUCAUCAGUUUGUAAACACAAAUUCUACCACUGAUAUGUCAAUAAAUAUGUUGAUAGAAUAU